AUGCCCCGUUUGGAAGAGUGGGAGAUCAAAAAGUACUGGGAGAUUUUCCAAGGGCUCAAGCCCGAGAACAACAAGCUUACAGGUGACCGUGUCUCGCCGGUGUUGAAGAAUUCUCGUCUUAAAGACGACCAGUUAUCGAAGAUAUGGGACUUGUCAGAUAUCGAUGCGGAUGGCCGCCUAGACUUUGAGGAAUUUUGUAUUACCAUGAGAUUGAUUUUUGACUUGGUCAAUGGAUCGAUGCUGGAAGUGCCGCUGGAAUUGCCAGGAUGGCUCAUUCCAUCUUCAAAGGCACACUUGAUACACGCAAACAGGGCGGUGGCCACGGGCUCAACUGGCAAUUCUUCGUUUGAGGGUGACGACGAUGACAAUUUGUCGGACGACUUUGACUGGUAUAUAUCUCCUACGGAUAAGGGCACGUACGAGACCAUAUACAAUUCCAAUAGCGAUUCAUACGGACGUGUACGGUUCGAUUCUCUCGAAGGAUUGUAUCAGACGCUUACAAAAGUGCCACGCUCGGAUAUAUCGUCAGCAUGGAACUUAGUAAACCCAAAGCUGUUUGAGACCAUAGACAAAGACCAAGUGCUUGUGUUUCUUCACAUACUAAACCAGAGAGAAAACGGGAAGCGGAUUCCUCGAGGUGUUCCAGCGUCGCUUAGAGCAACCUUCUCAAAGGAAGUUCCAACGUAUGAUUUAAGUGCUGCCGCUGCAUCAACGCCCUCUAGAGAAAUAAGCGAGCCAAAAGCUCACGACAAAAAGUCCUUCGGUACUAGCUACCUCAACAAAAUAGGACAAGCAAACAACACAGAUAGAGAAAAGGGCACAGAUUUCUCGGCUACGGAAGGUACAGACUGGGAAGAAGUUAGAUUGAGGCGAGAAUUAGCCAACUUGGAGGAUCUUUUGGAGAAGGCCAAGCAGGAGAGCAAAUCAGGAGGUAAAUCCAGCGAUAAUACCACAAGCGACCUGGCAUUACUAAAACAUGAGUUUGAGCAAUUGCUUAAGUACAAGCAGAAUAAGUUGAACGCUGCACAAAGCGUACCAAAUUCAGACAAAGAUUUGACCGAUGUUAAGAACGAUAUAGAAUUGAUUGGCUCGCAAGUCCAGGUGCUUGAGGAGUUUUUGGCAGGCAAAGAAAAUGAGUUGACCAAACUUCAGCAAGAGCUUUCUUCUUUGACUUGA